CUCUACCAUGUCCAAAUGUUGACAGACUAAGCUGUAACUAACCAGCCUUAUUUUUUGGGGGGAUGAUGUCCAGUAUUUUUGGCAUCAUGCAGAGUUGAACUGGGAUUCCUGCAUGCUGGGCAAGAGUUCCUCUACUAAGGUAAAGCCUUAAUAGUUUUUUUGCUGGAACUGGUAGUGUUUGGGCAUUUGUGUUCUAUAUUCUAAAAUUGGGCAUUUGUGUCCAAAUUCCUUUCCAAAUCUCAGAUAUCUUACUAGAGUUUUAACUUUGUAGCUUAGUGGUAGAAGGUGGUCGAAGACAUUUAAGCAGUAAAGAACUGGUUUAGGAGCCAGGCCGUGGUAGCGCACACCUUUAAUCCCAGCACUUGGUAGGCGGAGGCAGGCUGAUCUGGGAGUUUGAGGCCAGCCUGGUCUACACCUGGUCUACAGAAUGAGUUCCAGGACAGGCACCAAAACUACAGAGAAAACCCUGUCUUGAAAAAACCAAAAAAAGGAAAAAACUGGUUUAGGAGAGGUAGCCAGGGUGCAAUGGGUUUCAGCGUUAAAGCCAGCAAAGUUUUACAGGGAAAUCCUGCUCACUUGAGUGUGACAACCUGGAUGGUGCAGCUAGCCUCUGGUGCACGCGGGAUGUGCAAGAUCCUAAUUUCAUCAGUACCACACAAACAGCCCUGAUGGCAGUACGUCAGAUAAGAUCCUGAUCAGAAUGCAUGGGGGAGGGGGUAGUGGUAGCUCAGGAGGCACUAAGAUGUUAAAUACUUGAAAGGCUCCAAGGCUGGUGGUUCUCAGCUUGGGGGUUAGAACGGCGGUUGUCUAAGACCAUCAGAAAACACAGAUAAAGGAAAGAUUGCAGUUCUAAAGUAGCAACAAAAAUAAUUUUAUAGUUGGGGAUCACCACAACAUAUGGAGUGUAUUAAAGGGUCACAGCAUUAGGAAGGUUGAGAACCACUGCUCUAAGGACUUGGUUACUGAGUCAGGAUUACGAAAGCCUAGUUAGUGUUCAAAUUCUAAAGUCAGUCCAAAGCCUUUGAGAUACCAGCUGGAAGAGUUGGGUGUCAGAUGGUACAAACAGACAGCCCUUAUAAAGACAAAAGCCAAAUACUAUAGGAUCCCACUAUAGAGCUAAGAGUUCCACUGCCAUGAAGAGGCAGAGGAAGUAGUCCUACAUAGGUUCAAAUAACCUGGGGCUGGCUAGCAGAUGGUAGUUAGUGGUCUAGCAUGCAUGAAGUCCUGGUUCCAUCCCUUCACACAAAGUACAGGCAGGAUUAGGACUUCAAGGCCAGCCUAAACUGCAUGAGACCUUGUCUCGAGCAACGGGAAGGUUGAAGUCUAGUUCAAAGUGGAGUUGGAUGAUGGCGGUGGUUACACAAUGUGAAUAUACUCACAACAGUAAAAACAGUAAAAAGGUGGAGGCAACUGUGAACAACCUCAUGUCCACUGGCCCAAUUAUACUUACGGGAUUGUUGUAGGGUUGCUAUUGCUAUGAAACACCAUGACCAACUUGGCGAGAAAAGGGUUUAUUUACCUUAUACCUCCACAGUCCUGUUAAUCAUCAAAGGAAGUCAAGAUGGGAAGGAAUCUGGAGGCCGAGGCCAUGGAAGGGCUUCUGCCUCAGCCCUUUACUCCCUUUCUCGUCAUGGCUUGCUUAGCCUGCCUAUAGAACCCAGAACCACCAGCCAGGAGCAGCACCACCCAGAAUGAGCUGGGCCCUCCCCCUUCUAUGCUUAAGAAAAUGCCCUGCAGGCAUGCAUACAGCCCCAUCUUAGCCCCCCCCCCUUUUUUUUUUUAACCCCCAACCUCUACCCCUGAGACAUCUCUAGCUGUCUUGAAACUCUAGACCAGGCUAGCCUGGAAGUCAAAGAUAACUGCUUGCCUCUGCUGGGAUUAAAGACAUGCAGACAUACACCACAUGGCCUGGCUCUGGAGGCCUUUUUUUCUUUUUUUAAAUUAAAAUUUUUAAGGGUUUACUUUAUAAUACCAAGUUAUAGACUACCAUUUUGUAAGAGCCAGCAGCAUGAACUUAAGCAGCUAGUCAUCACAUCCUCAAUCGAGCGGAGAUGAAUGAACACCCAUUUGUCCAUUUUCUUGAGCUGACCGUUUUCUUCGGUCUAUAUAGUAAGCAGAUAUGUGUGCUUGCGUAGGAAUGAUGAUGCCCACAAUAGGCUGGGUCCAUAUCAACGAGACAACCCUCCACAGACAUGCCCCGGUACUAAUCUGAUUAAAACAGUUACUGAAAUGAGAUUCCCGCCCAGAGGCCUUAGUUGAGGUUCCCUCCUCUCAGAUGACUUAAACUUUUGUCAAGUUGACACAAGACUAGCCAGCACAGGGAUUUCCUUUGAGUUUGACACAGGGUCUUAACAGCCAAGGCUAACCUGAACUUGCCAUGGCUAAAACUGUCUUUGAGCUCUUCUCCAAAGUGUGGCAUUACAAGGGUACCCCAUCAUUCCCUGCUUUGGGUGUGUGUCUAGUCUUGAGGAUUAAAUGUAGGAUCUCAUGCAUUUUAGGCAAGUGCUCUAUCACUGAGCUGAGGCAUAUCCAUAGCUUCUCUUGUUGUUUUUUAAUACAGAACGCUUCACGAAUUUGCGUGUCAUCCUUGCGCAGGGGCCAUGCUAAUCUUCUCCGUGUCGUUCCAGUUUUAGUAUACGUGCUGCGGAAGCGAGCAGGGUUGUGGUUUUUUGAGACAGGGUUUCUCUGUGUAGCCCUGGCUGUCCUGGAACUCUCUCUGUAGACCAGGCUGACCUGGAACUCACAGAAAUCUGCCUACCUCUGCAUCCCAAGUGCUGGGACUAAAGGUGUACUCCACCACGACUGGAACCAUAGUUUAUUUUUUCUUGUGAGAUCUCCAUGUAGCCCAGGCUGUCUUGGAACUUGCUGUAUAACUGGUCUCCCCACUCUGAGAGAUCUUCCCUCAGUGCUUAGGAUUACAGGGAUGAGCCACCAUUCCCAAUUCACACAACUAUUUUCCAGACACUUCAUCACCCACAAACAGCAUCCCUGAUUGAGUGAGCACUAACUUGGCUGACAUGGCCUCUCUGCCUCUGCAUUCCAGCUUAACACUCACUCCAUUGUCUGCCUCUGUUUAGAUGCCACUCUCUUGAGAAAAUCUUCUUGUGACAUAUGCCUCUGAAUGUUCUUGUGUUCUCUCCCACCGUCCCUCCCUCCCUCCCUCCCUUCCUCCCUCCGGUGCUGGGGAUGUUACCCAAUACCUCUCACAUUGUAGGGUAGCGCUCUACCACUGUACUACACCCUCAGGCUACCCGUACCUUCCGUGGCACACUGUAAUGGAAUGACUGGUAGCUGCAGGUCAGCCUGCCUCUCCUGUCUGCUGCAAGGAAAGGUGUGGACAGAAAUUCUUCACUGCUGGCUUGGUGCACAAGGCAGGUGCCUGAUCUAUAUUUGUGGGAUGAAUAACUGAUAAAUACAACGGAUACUUUGCCUUUGUGUCCAGGGCAAUUCAUUUACAUGCUUUUGUAUCGUUUAGGAAGCUUUGUUCCCCCUGUCUAAGGGUUCUGGAUGUGCUCAGACCUUUAAAGAAUGAUUUGCAGAGUUGUCUUCCAUGGGAAGGAACAUCACCUCCUUGGGAAGAACAUUCCAGGAAGCUGCGCUUCUGGUGAGUCACUGUGUAUUAAUAGCAACACCAAAAUCUGAACAAAGAUUAGUAAGUUACUGCAGAGCCAAGAAGCUGAACUGACUGACUGCCAAGUGACCUGCAGCAUGCUUCACCUUCCCGUGAAAGCUCUUCAAAGCCUUGACACUUGACCAGUGGGAAUUCUAGGACUGGAGGGGUCGAUGUGGAGACUGGCCAGCUCGAACAUGGGCCUAGCAGAUGCUUCGAAGAUUCUGGAGAAGUCGAGUGACAUGCAACUUCACGGAGUUAAGUGAAAGUCUGUGUGCCUGGCCUUGAGGGAUGGCCAGCCUGAGGCCCAGCCGACCCACCUGCAUCAGGGCAGCGUUCAGUGCAGCUGGCUUCCGGAAGUGGCAGAGACAUGCUCGCCAUCGUCUUCAGGUCAACUCCAGAAGGAACCUCAUGGACUUUGCUGAAGGCAUCUGGAGAGAGUUUUUAGAUCCUUAUGAUGGUGACUCAGAAGAUACCCCAGUUCAUUCCACCUACUGCAACUCCCGCCAGCGUGCCUACCGCCUCCUGGGUGACAGGAACCGCAACGCACCUUCCUACACACUGAGGUUCAAGAUUGGUGAGGAGGCCAGUGUGGAAGACUCGCUCCCGCCAAAGGCUCCAGAUCUCACCAUGAAAACUUCCGGCUGGACCCCCAUAGCCCUGGAAGUCAAUGAUGUCGACAUGCAGCCUGAGGGGGAACUAAAGGCACUCAGCCCCCAGGAAGUCCGGGGGUGGCCUGCCAGGCUGUCUCCAUCACCCGAGGACUGGAGGAUGGCAAGGGCUGCCAGCCCCCUCAAUCCUGUGGAGACCCCCGAGAUGAGCAGACACCUGCCCGGCAGAGCCAGAGCAACACGGCCACCUCCCCGACUUGGGGGUGAGAGAGACAAGGGGCCCAGGCUGGUGCUGUCCAAGAGGAAGCUGGAGCUUUUACUUUCGGAGCCUGAGAGAACUAAGAGAAAGAAGAAGUAGUGAGAGCUGAGCGCGAGCCUGGUGCAGCCGCUGGAGGAUCAGGCCCCAUCUCCUCUCCAAUCUAGUGUCAUCCCCAUGGCGGCAGGACAAAGACUGCAAGGUUCCCAAGUGCAAAUAAAAAAGGCACCACAAGGAGGUGCCUUUUCUUGGCAGG